AUGGUGUCAAAAGGCGUUACAAAUGAACAGCAAAAAGUUGCUUUGUUAUUACACUCCAAAGGAAUGGAAUUACAAGAACUGUAUUAUACUUUAAAGCCAGUUAGUGAAGAUAACAAUCUUCAGGAAUGUUUGAACGCUUUAGAUGCAUAUUUUACACCUAAAGUAAAUGUGGCUUUUGAAAGGCAUAUGUUUCGACAAAUGCAGCAAAAAGAGAAUGAAACCAUAGAUCAGUUUGUUUGUCGACUUCGACAAAAGUGUAUUUCAUGCGAGUUUACCAAUGUGGAUGAAGCAAUUCGUGAUCAAAUUAUUGAAAAAUGCAGAGACCCAAAGCUUCGUCGAAAGUUUCUUGAAAAGACAGGUACGGUAACUUUAUCUGUGCUUCAAGACAUGGCUAGAGUUCACGAAACUGUAAACACACAAAUGCAAUCUAUGGAUAGAUCAGGUACAAAUCAAGUACAUGGAAUAUUGCAAGGUAAUCGAAGGGGGAAAGGAAAGUAUGGUGCCAAAUCUGAUGACCGUGCAUCUCAUGGAAAUCAUAAAGAGGGUAGGAAAUGUUAUUGAUGCAAUAUAACAGGGCACAUCAGACAAGAUAAAAGCUGUCCUGCAAUAAGUAAAACAUGUAAAAAAUGUGGAUUGGUGGGUCAUUUUGCAGUUUGUUGUCGUACUAAAGCCCCAAAGAAACCCUCAAAUGGAAAACAAUGUCAAGAUGGAUCUUAUCAAGUAGAGGAAGAGAAACAGGAACCAGAAACGGACAAUUAUGCUUUGUAG